AUGACGUCUCAAGUAGAAGGGGCCCAUGCAAUGCUAAAAAUGUACCUUCAGGUAUCAAUAGAUAAUCUUCUUGUUGUCUAUGAGAAAAUUACUUUAGCGUUAGAAAAUCAUUAUCAAGAAAUUAAAACCAAGUUCUCCCAAGAAAUGAUUCGAAUACCCCAUGCACUAAACAAACCAUUCUAUGCACAGGUUGUUUUCAAGGUUAGUACUUUUAAAUCAUCAAUGGUCCUACCUUGUUCUCAUGUAAUUCGGGAAUUUCUUGAUAAUAACAAAUGUUUACACCUUGACAAUUUUCAAUGCCAAUUGUCUCAACAAGAAACACCUGAAACCGAAGUUUCAUUACGUCAAAAAUGA